ACUGUCUUCUCCUUUUGUGCUCACACUCCAAACACGGCCAAAGAGUUUCAUCUACUCCAUUCUCCCUGGUUCUCUUCUGCUUCUCUCCGAAUUCUGAGAAAUAGUUGAGCGAUAAUGACGAAGGAUGCAGGAGAGCAUGGAUCCUUCUCUGCAAAGGAUUACCACGACCCGCCACCGGCGCCGUUGUUCGACGCCGUGGAACUGACCAAAUGGUCGUUCUACAGAGCCUUGAUUGCCGAGUUCAUUGCCACUCUGCUCUUUCUCUACGUCACUGUCUUGACGGUGAUCGGGCACAAGAGCCAGCACGCUGCUGACCAGUGCGGCGGCGUUGGGAUACUCGGCAUCGCUUGGGCUUUCGGAGGCAUGAUCUUCAUUCUCGUUUACUGCACCGCUGGUAUUUCUGGUGGUCACAUAAACCCGGCAGUGACUUUCGGUCUGUUCUUGGCCCGGAAGGUGUCUCUGGUGCGAGCCGUGAUGUACAUGGUGGCUCAGUGCCUUGGCGCCAUCUGCGGAGUGGGUUUGGUGAAGGCUUUCCAGAAAUCGUUCUACAACAGGUUCGGCGGCGGCGCCAACACCCUCGCAGACGGCUACAACGUAGGCACCGGACUGGGUGCGGAGAUCAUCGGAACCUUCGUUCUUGUCUACACUGUCUUCUCCGCCACCGAUCCCAAGAGAAGCGCCAGAGACUCUCAUGUCCCUGUUUUGGCUCCACUGCCAAUUGGGUUUGCUGUAUUCAUGGUUCACCUGGCCACCAUUCCAGUAACUGGCACUGGCAUUAACCCAGCCAGGAGCUUCGGAGCUGCUGUCAUCUUCAACGACAAAAAGGCCUGGGAUGACCAUUGGAUUUUCUGGGUAGGACCCUUCAUUGGUGCAGCAAUAGCAGCCUUCUACCACCAGUUCAUCUUGAGAGCUGCAGCUGUCAAGGCUCUUGGAUCAUUCAGGAGCCAAAGCCAUGUCUGAUUUCUGAUCCUACCCAUCAUCUUCUUGCUUCCUUGUUACCUAACUUAUUGUUUUUAAUUUAUGGGGGGAAGAAGAAGAAGAAGAAAGAAAGAAAAAGCAGAAGAAGAGUUGAAAGAAAAUAAUGGGGGAGAAAAAGUGCUUUUGUGGUUGUGAAGCUUUUACCUUUUAUUUAUGGGGAUGGUAAAUGUGAUGGGGAAUUGUAGAUUAAAGUCUCCUUUUUCCUUUUUUCUUAAGAAAAAUUUGGUGCCUUUUGGGUAUCUUUGGUUUUCAUUUUGGGUUCCAUUUAUAGGGCACUUGCCUUAGAAUUUACUUUCACAAAGUGUUCUAUCACUAUCUCUUCCUUUCUAUAUAUAUUCUCUACUUUGGUACUCAUUAAUAUUUUA